UUCUGUUUCGUUGACCAUCGCGUCCUAGUAGAGUUGAGUUGCACGUCCCGAGCGGAAUCACCAACCACCAGUCUGGAUUGAAACCGAUCCCCGGAGGGCGCAUCGAUCCCGUGGGCUUUUCCGAAAAUCAGACCGCAAUCGGCCGAAAACGGUGCUGUCCGCAAGCAGAACAAUCGCAUCCACAAUGUUCCAGAGACCAGGAGCAACGCUAUCGUUUGCGUUGCACCGCCAACUGCUGCAAACGCGACGGUGUGCGCAGCAUGAUUUCUGCCGGCGGGGCAUCCUUUCGGAGGCCGCCACACCAAAACCAAAUCCGAGCCUUGCGUACGGCUGCCACCGCUCUCUCGCGGCUCUCACCCGGAACGUUGCGCGCCACGAUUCGAAGACGAUCCUCGCUGCUGGACCGCGGUUGCACGGCGGCCAUCCGCAGCUGUUCCCGUUCGCGAACGCGCUUCCUUUUUCAACCUUGUCUCCCGCAACAAUGGGGAACAGCGGUGUUCGGAACGGCGCCGCUUCUCUCUCCAGCAUUCGCAUUCGAAUUCGCACCCUUCAAUCCCGCCAGGGUCGAUCUUCCCCGAUGGCAUCGGUUGUUCCCACCAACACCGGUUCCCUCGCCUUCUUUUCCAACCAAAACACCCCCCAUCCCCGCCCUUCGCCCAACAACCAGCCGCGUGGCCUGGGAAAUAUCGCCGGGGUGAUGGGAACGGGUGCCCUCGUUCUCUUUGGCAAGACAAAGUACGUCCUCGCGGCUCUCAAACUGACCAAGCUGGCCCCGCUGGGCAGCAUGGUCUUCACCAUUGGAACCUACGCCAUGUUUUUUGGCCUCCCGUACGCCACGGGCAUGGUGGGUCUCAUUUUGGUGCACGAAAUAGGACACGCCGCCGUGAUGCACGCGAGAGGGAUCCCCUUUUCCCCCAUGGUCUUUGUCCCCUUUAUGGGCGCCGUCAUUGCCACCAAGGAACUCCCUCGCGACGCGUGGGAAGACGCUCUCGUUGCCUUUGGGGGGCCGGUGCUGGGGAGCCUGGGCGCCGGGACGGUGGCCCUGGUCGGCCACGCCACAGACUCACAGCUCUUGAUCGCCCUCGGCGACUUUGGCCUCAUGAUCAACCUGUUCAACCUGCUCCCGCUGGGGUCCAUGGACGGCGGCCGGAUCGCCGGCGCCGUCAGCCCCUACAUGAGCGUCGCCGGAGUGGGCAUGGGCGCCGGCCUUGCCUACACGGGAGCGAUCCAGAACCCCAUCUUUUACCUGAUUCUGUUGUCGGGGGGGUACCAGACCUUCCAGCGCUUCUACAACCCCGGGAGCAUGCCCCCGAACUACUACGCGAUCACGCCGGUGCAGAGGGCCGCCAUUGGUCUGGGAUACGUCGGCCUGGUCGGUGGUCUCGCUCUCGCCAUGGACGUGAACGGCCGCUACAAGAAAUCGCCCGAGGUGCUGAGGCGGGAAAUGGAGCUGGAGAAGACCUGGGACACGAGAUAGAGGAAUCUGUCCCUCGCGCGCGGCGGGGGGAGCCAAGGCGGCUUUCUCAAACGGUGUGUCGAAAAAAGGAACCGAGCCAUCCACGGCAAAGUGUCGGGAUGUCGCAGAGUCGCGGUUACAGCCACCGCACUCGGUCACGAACGUUUCCCCGGGCCCGCAGUGGGCCUCUCCGGGCAAUAGAUAGCAGCAUCGACGAAACCCAAUCAGCGGUGUACCGUUCACCGCGACACCGUGGGGGAACAAUCGAAAUCGUGGCGAAAUCCUGGUAUCUUUCUAUAGUCAUUUGCAUCUGCGUACAUGGCACCUAUGUCCUUGGAUUUAAGCAAUACGAUUGUAGAUACUACGCAUUUCAAUAUUUUCCCCCGUCGGUUAUCUAAAAUUGUCGGAUCUAUGGUUGAAAUGCUAGUCUUCUCUUGUUCUCUGAGCUCCCCAUACAGCUCAGAAGUUCCUGGUUAUGAUUUGCUUCUAACCACUAGAAACACUGGUCGACUCGACUCGAAUCGACUCGAAUCAAACGAAGUACCGGUACAGUAUCCAACGUGAUCUCCAUGCAUUCGUUGCUCCGACUUUCUCUCCCUCUUUGGAUUGUCCGGCCUUCCGUGCUCCAUCAAGCCGCCGUCUUGGGGGUCGCCUCGCUGUCCAGAAUCUUGCGAACGUAGAGCUCGUCCUGCGGGUGCUGCUCCCGGUCUCCCUCCUCGUGGGUGUAGCUCGAAGCGAUCGCGAGCUCGGUGCCGUCGUUCGAAAAGCACAUUGCCGAAAUGCUCGUCGGAAACGCCGGCAGGGCGGUCAGCUUCUUCUUGUUUUGGCCGUCCCACAGGACCACCGUCCCGUCACAGCCGCCCGUGGCGAACGUGUUGCGAUGCCUCGGAUGAAAGGCGAUCGCGUUGACCGGAUACACCAAACCGCUGUUGGAAUCACGGUGGCACUUGAAGGCGUAUUUUUUCUGCUUCCCGGCCACCGCCAGCAUUCGUUCGUCACCGAUCUCGUCGAGAAACUCAACCCCCACGCGGCCCUCGAUCGAACCGAUGCAGAAACCGUGUCCCUCGGGGAAAAGCCGAACGCAGCGGGUCUGGAACUUGAGAGAGGAAUCUCGUUCCAGGACGGAUUUCAACUCGAACGUGUUUGGUGACUCCAGCAUCCGCAGAUCGUAGACGCAGUUGUGGCGCCCCGAGGUUGCCACCAGAAUCCUGUUUCGAGAGGCAUCGACGUCCAUGGCGAAAGCUUUUCCGGGAAGAAGAGACCGGGCAGCAGCGUUGCCACUGUUUUGUUGCCGAAGAUCCCAGACACAGAGCUGCCGAUUCCAGCUGGCCGACACAACCACGUCGGAAGAAGCACCAUCGUUGCUCAUGGAAGACAGACACGAGCAAGCAUUGCCGGUUUCCACACCGGCGCCACCGGGAAUGCUGCCGCUGUUCUUGUUGCCGUGAAAUCCAAUCGAUCGCACGGUGGAAGUGCCCGUGUCGAACGACUUGAUGCUCCCAUCCAGGCCUCCCGUGACAACCGUUGUUGCCCCCGGAACAGCUAACGACAGCAGUGGACCAGACUCCAUGUUGUGCGAGAGUAGCAGAGGACUAGAAGACGAAGCCGAAGCMGAAGCC